AUGCCUUUUUGCUGCGCGCGCCGACGUUGGAUCUGGAUAACACGGCGGAGUGGUGAAAGUUUGGUCAUAUCCUAUCCAAGGGAGAGUGAAGGAGUCGUCCACCCCACGAAGAGGUUGUGGGAACUCUACUCUGUAUUCACGUUAGAUCGUAAAAAGACAAUGGUUUGCUGGAUAUUCAGAACCAUUUCAUUCCGGAUCCCUCUUCCUCCCCGCAAAGGGAGAGUAAACGGGAUGGACAUGCUCUCAUCAUCAGGAACGACUUCGAUCACACCACACAACCAUGGCAACCUCUGGAACCGUAUGCACAACACUAAGCCAGCACUUCGUACGAUCUCAGACUCUACGACUUCGCUGAGGUGGACCAGGGGCUCCGGUCAACGGUCGAAAUGGAACGCUGCGCAGUUUGUUCUGCGAAUUCGAGACCAUCUACCACCCGAUAAUGACAGGUGGGACGGUGAAAUCAGGGAGGUUCUCCGCACUGAUGAAUUUCCCGAUACGCAGUGCUUAAUUGCUCGGUUUGAUGAUUCAGUGAAUGAGGAGAGCUGUGGCUUGAACUAUCCAACAUUGCAAGCAGCAAUGUUGGAAAAGCUACCUCGUCUGAGAACAUUUGACCUAAAUUUAGCCGGUCUACAUAAUAUAAGCCCAUCCUCUUUCGACUCAUUUAUGCCCGAUCCCGAGCAUUUUAGCACGCGGGCACUCCUCUCUGGCAAGAACACCGAGUUUCCAGUCAUCGCUUAUAUAUUGAGCUGUGGUAUUAGUUCAUCAGGAUGGACAACCAGACCAGCGUCUUCCAGUUUGUGCAAGGAACUGUGGUCUUUCACUGAUUCUGUGCUUAUGAUCAAAGAGAAUGCAUGCUUUGGCUACUGGGACAUCAUAAUAACAAGUGCAGUUACAGCAAUUCAUCCAUCUGAGUGUUUUUGCUUCCAAAGUAUAGUCUGGAAGAGGCCGUCCGUCCUGCGGCGAUGGGAUGAUAACUGCCGCUGCUCAACUCGUUGA